GAAACGUCAAAAUAAGAACAUGAUCCACCGGUGCAAUACCGAAGCUCACUGUCAUACGCGAGUCGCACGAUAUUUUCCGUUAUAACGAGAAUUUAGAGAACAGCGGAAGAAUGUUUAUAGUUACAAAGGAAAUCGAUAGCGAGAAUAUCAGUAAAUUGUGUCGCACGUGCUUGAGAGAAGACGGCGACAAGAUGGUAUGUUUGUUCAUGGGACCCGCCGGUUCAUCUCUCGCCGCCAAAUUACGAUCCCUCUCGUGCUUGGAGGUCUGGCAAGGAGAUGGCUUGCCUGAAAAAAUGUGUGAUCGUUGUGUCACCAGAGCAGAGUCGGCUCUCUUAUACAGAGAACAAUGUCGUGCAGCGGAUAGGGCUUUGAGACAAGCAGCAUUAAAGGUAUCUGGACUAACGUCAUACACUACUGUCUCUGGCUGCAAACUUUACCAGAAUCAGCAGAAUCAAGGAUUUGUCCCAGUACAGAAUUCUCACAAGACGUUGAAGUGCAUAGAGUGUGGCGCUGUAUUCAUGAAUUAUCAAGAACUCUGUGCUCACAGCCGACUACACUUGUCCUUUAUUCAGGAUAACAUACCUAUGCAGCACAUGCAUAUAGUAGAGUCGCAAAAUCCCUAUCUCAAUUUUGGUCAUGUUGGCUCGAAUUUUGCCAACGACAGUAUUCCAAACACGCAAUUAUCUCCGUUAGUUAGGUCAAAUGUGACGCAUAGUAUGCCACUGAACGAAGAGAGCUCCAGUCGAGCUGCCUGUGCCUUACAUUGUUCCUUGUGCAAUCACACCUUUACCAAUAGGAGACAAUUGAUCAGUCACAAUAUAACGCACGGUACGGAUAAUGUUGAUAUUUCGUGCGAUAACGAGAACAUCGAGAUCUGCGAAAAUUCGAAUCACAUUCCGCAAAAUCUCAGUUACGAGAGGUCCAUUCAUUCCGUGGAUAAUCCCAUUCAGAAUCUGUCUUAUCAAAGAUCCACCGUGGAUGACAACGACGAAAUGCAGAACUUAAAUUUUCCUGAGAAUAUCGACCUGGAUGGCGUUCAAGAGAGUAGUUCGGAACGUUUGCAAAAUGUAACGAUGCAUUCCGAGAAUAACGUGUCGAUCGCGGAAAACCUGAGAUUUAUAAAGGCGUCCGAGAAAGACCGGCAACACAUGAUCGGAUAUCACGGAUGCCCGAGCGACGACAAUUAUAAAGAACCCCUUGAAGCGAAAAGCGCGGAAGAUAUUCACACGAAGAAGCAUCGGUGUGAGGUAUGUUCGAGACAGUUCUCGCAGAAAUCGAAAUUAUUCGCUCAUCAGUUGUCUCACUCUGGCCAACAACCGUUUAAGUGCCUCAGCUGCGGCAAGGCUUACGCGUCAAAGAGCAAACUUAACGCGCACAUGAGAUUGCACACUAAAACCAACGUCCAUCAGUGUAAGGUGUGUGACAAGAUAUUUUCGUAUCCGUCGUACUUGGAGGAGCAUAUAAAGGUUCACAAUAAAAGUGACAAUACUCCGCAGAGUAAAGACUUCGAAUGUAGCACUUGCAACAAACGUUUCUGUCUCUUAAAGAAUUUGAAGGCGCACGAGAGACUUCACACGGGGAAAGGUUUGGUGCAAUGCGAAUUUUGUGAUAAACAGUUCAGCCACAAUUACAAUUUAAAAAUGCAUUUACGAACACACAAGACGUCGAAGGUGCACAAGUGCGAGUAUUGUGACAAACGUUUCGUGCAGAAGGGUAAUCUAGUCGAACAUUUGCGAAUUCACACCAAAGUGAAGCCCUUCGCGUGCAAAUUGUGCGGUAAAAGAUUCGCGCAAUCGGGUCACUUGAAAAGCCACGAAGCCUCGCACGGCACUUUGAGGCAACACCAGUGUCGUUUGUGCGGGAAGAGGUUCAAGCUGGCCAAUCAUUUGAAACGGCACUUGAAUUUGCAUGCCGGCACAAAAACGUAUAAAUGUAAUCAGUGUAACCAAAUGUUCUCGCAGUCCUUCAGUCUGACGAGGCAUCUGAAGAAGCACAACGAAUCGCACAUGUAAUUUAUCCGAUAAACUGUAACAUAUGUAUACACAUACAAACGUUUUUAUUUUCUUA